AAACUCCUUAUAAAUAUGGGACCCUGUUACCAUUUUCACUUGGGAGGCACAAGCAGCUUCAGUGUUCUUCUCUAUUACCAUCCUUCACUCAUCUUCCUUGUGCUUUCAUACAGAAAAGAGAAAAAAAUGGAAGGACAAGUCGGUUGUGGCAGUUUUCUUCAAAGGUGUAAGCCUUAUAUUGCCAUGAUAUCUCUACAAUUUGGGUAUGCCGGGAUGAAUAUCAUCACCAAGGUUUCUCUUAACCGAGGAAUGAGCCAUUAUGUUCUAGUCGUUUACAGGCAUGCCAUCGCUACUGCUGUCAUUGCUCCCUUUGCUCUCGUCCUUGAGAGGAAAGUGAGGCCAAAGAUUACGUUUACCAUUUUCAUGCAACUUUUUGUGCUGGGUUUACUUGGGCCUGUGAUAGAUCAAAACCUCUACUACGCCGGGUUAAAGUUCACAUCCCCCACUUUCUCUUGCGCCAUAAGCAAUAUGCUACCUGCAAUGACAUUUGUCAUGGCAGUUCUUUGCAGGAUGGAGAAGGUGGACUUCAAGAAAGUUAGAUGUCAAGCAAAGGUUUUUGGAACUAUAGUAGCUGUGGCUGGAGCUAUGUUGAUGACAUUAUACAAGGGCCAUGUCAUUAAUAUGAUUUGGUCUGUGGACACCCACGCUCAUACAUCCUCUGCCCCUGAAGCAACUUCUUCUACUGACAAAGACUGGCUUAAGGGUUCCAUUCUGUUAAUCUUGGCGACACUUGCGUGGGCUGCAUUUUUCAUUCUUCAGGCGGUGACAUUGCGGAAAUACACAGCUCAGCUCUCACUCACAGCCAUUGUGUGCUUUUUGGGAACAUUACAGUCCAUUGCUGUUACAUUUGUCAUGGAACACAAACCCUCUGCAUGGACAAUUGGUUGGGACAUGAAUCUUCUCGCUGCUGCCUACGCUGGUAUUGUAUCAUCAAGCAUUGCAUACUAUGUUCAAGGGCUGGUAAUGCAGAAAAGAGGGCCUGUCUUUGUGACUGCUUUCAGUCCUCUUAUGAUGAUUAUUGUUGCAAUCAUGGGCUCCUUUAUUCUGGCUGAGAAAAUUUAUGUUGGAGGUGUUCUUGGGGCUAUUCUCAUUGUGGUGGGACUUUACGCUGUUUUGUGGGGCAAGUACAAGGAAUACAAAGAAAAGGAAGUCGAGACAAUUCCUGAACCCAUCAAGGGAAGUGGAGAAACUAAUGAAGCCCUUGAUAUCGAAAUGCAAAAGAAUGCCAUUACUGUUCCAGUUCCACUGCACUCCAUGGAAACCCCAAAAGCUUAAUUAACAAUGAUGAUCAGUAAUUAGUUAAUUGAAAAAAAGAGGAAUAAUAUUGAUUAAUUACAAGGUGGCCAUAUGGAACAGAGGAAAUGAGACACUUAUUUUGUAUUAUUUAUUUCAAGUUUAAUGAUGGAUUCUUGUAUUAUCUUCAAUGUAAGCUAAUUUUGGGUUUUAUAUAAAAGGAAAUGAGAAAAUGAAGAAUCCUCUGGUUUGUUUUUA